CUCAGCCGGGGCCGGGCAUCAACUCGGUAGCCCCUCACGGCAAGGGCUGUGUCUGGCCCCUCUCGUGUCCCAGUGGGCUCCCAGAUGUCCCUGUGGGCUGGGGGGUCUGUGUGAGCUGCUGCUGCCCCCAGGACUGCCAAUGAAAGGAUCCUUUUUUCCAGGGAAAAGAACGUCUGGUAGUUGUGAAGUGAGUGCACUGGAAGACCCACCAAGGCGCUUCACCCCGCACAGACAAUCUGCUUCAUCUUGGUUCAUCAUCAUUCCAGGAUAGUGGUGUCCUUGGGGCUCUCUCUUAACACUGACAUGGUACAGAAGAUUUAAAAUCAGCUGAUGUUCACAAGGAAUAGAGUCACGUGAUGUAUGAAGGCAAACACAUACACUUCUCUGAGGUUGACAAUAAGCCCUUGUGCUCAUACAGCCCCAAACUGUGCAAGCAGAGGCGACUUAACGGCUACGCCUUCUGUAUCAGACACGUUCUGGAGGACAAGACUGCCCCCUUCAAGCAAUGUGAAUAUGUGGCCAAGUACAACAGCCAACGCUGCACCAACCCCAUCCCCAAGUCUGAGGACCGUAGGUACUGCAACAGCCACCUGCAGGUACUUGGCUUUAUACCGAAAAAGGAGAGGAAGAAAAAGAAUGAUCCCAUAGAGGAGGUGAAGGUCAGGCAUCAGAUGGAUGCUAUGGCCUUCAGUCUGACAGUGCCCACCCUGGCCUUGAAGAUGCCCAAUGGACUGGAUGGGAUGUCCCUCUCCCCUCCAGGGGCAAGGCUUCCUCUCCACUACCUGGAAGCAGAAUUAGAAGACCCCUUUGCUUUCAAUGAGGAGGAUGAUGACCUAAAGAAAGGGGCAACAGUGAAGAAAAAGUUGCAGAGCAAGUUGGCUCAAAACCGGCAGCGCCAGAGAGAGACAGAGAUUUUAAAAGUUCGCCAAGAGCACUUUAGCCCCAUUCCUGCACCUUUGCAGCAGCAGCCUCUGCAGCAGCAGCACUCCCAUCUGCCACCUUCAUCAGCUUCGUUAAAGCCGACAGGGCUACCGCAGGGCAUAGUCUGCAAGUCACCUCAACCUCUGAACACCAGCCUACCAAUGCAGGGAGUGGCACCCACCACACACACUAUAGCACAAGCACGGCAGUUGUCUAACAAGAGACCUCUGCCUGUCCUGCCACCCGCCAGGGCUCCUGUCACGGAGCCGCCCAGGACUGACCGGGUCCUCAUGAAAGCCACAGCCUUCUCUCCGCACUCGUCCUGCAUGAGCCGGCUCCAGAGACUGGUGAAACUGUGCACUCGAAAACAGCAGCUGGACACUGAUCUGUUUCCUCACUUAGGGCUGGAUUGGUCUGAAGACAGUGGAGAAGAGUUGGAGGAUUCAGAGCAAACCUCCCCUUACCAGGUUGCGUGGUCUAUCCGAGAAAGCCUCGGCUAUGAGAGACCUGAGUCCGAUGAUGACAAUGCAGAUGACAGGAGUUCCAGGGUGACCAGACUUUGCACUUACUUUCAGCAGAAAUACAAGCACCUCUGCCGCCUGGAGCGGGCAGAAUCUCGCCAGAGGAAGUGCCGGCACACGCUCCGGAAAGCCUUGCUGCAGGCGGCCAGCAGAGAGCCGGAGCGCGCGGGGCAGCUCCUGCGGGAACUCCGGAGAGCCACGUGUGCUUGUACCAGCACAAGCCAAGCAAGGCAGAGAGAUGCAGAGCCAACAACCUGCAGUGGGACUUCGAAGGGAGAGCAGUGCACUAACAAGGCCCUUCCAUUCACCAGGCACUGUUUUCAACAUAUCUUAUUGAACCGUUCUCAGCAGCUCUUCUCGAGUUGCACAGCCAAGUUUGCAGAUGGUCAACAGUGCUCUGUGCCAGUUUUUGACAUUACACAUCAGACACCUCUGUGUGAAGAACAUGCCAAAAAAAUGGAUAAUUUCUUGAGAGGGGACAGCUCCCGUAAAGUUCAGCACCAGCAGCAGAGGAAACCCAGGAAAAAAACAAAGCCACCUGCACUUACCAAAAAACACAAGAAGAAGAGAAGGCGAGGCCCGCGCCGGCCCCAGAAACCCAUUCCUCCUGCAGUGCCCCAAGGGAACCUCACCAUGCCUGCCAGUGUCUCACUGCCAGUAGAGAUACCCCACAUACGGAGCCCCUCCACACCAGAGCUCAGUGCCGAUGAGCUGCCUGAUGAUAUCGCCAAUGAAAUCACAGACAUUCCACAUGACUUGGAAUUGAAUCAGGAGGACUUCUCUGAUGUCCUGCCACGGCUGCCCGAUGACUUGCAAGAUUUUGAUUUCUUUGAAGGUAAAAAUGGAGAUCUUCUUCCGACCACAGAAGAGGCUGAAGAACUGGAACGGGCCCUACAGGCUGUAACUUCCCUUGAGUGCCUGAGUACCAUUGGAGUACUUACACAGACAGAUGGUGUGCCAGUUCAGGAGCUGUCAGAUAGAGCGAUAGGGGUGUUCUCUACAGGUGCUGGAGCUCCAGGAAUGCAGUCCUUGAGUCGAGAGGUUAACACGGAUCUGGGGGAGCUGUUGAAUGGGCGUAUAGUACAUGAUAAUUUCUCCGGUCUGGAGCUGGAUGAGAACUUGCUCCGUUCUGCUACCUUGUCCAACCCACCUACGCCCCUGGCAGGGCAGAUCCAGGGGCAGUUCUCAGCCCCAGCCAACGUUGGCCUUACUUCUGCCACUCUGAUAAGCCAGAGUGGCCUUGGGGAGAGAGCCUUCCCGGGACAGUUUCAUGGACUUCAUGAUGGCAGCCAUGCCUCCCAGAGGCCCCACCCUGCCCAGCUGCUGAGCAAGGCAGAUGACCUGAUCACCUCACGACAGCAAUACAGCAGUGACCAUUCACACUCCUCACCCCAUGGAAGCCAUUAUGAUAGUGAGCAUGUGCCGUCUCCCUACAGUGACCAUAUCACAUCCCCUCACACCACAUCCUUUUCUGGUGAUAACUUGGCAGCUACCUUCUCAGCAGAGAUGCCCAUGAUGGCACAGCACUUGCUCCCAACUCAGCUGGAUGUGCCACUUAGCGGGGUGGUCAACCCCAGAACUCACUGGGGAAAUCUUCCUGUCAAUCUUGGGGACCCCUCUCCGUUUAGCAACCUUCUUGGUGCAGAUGGACACCUCCUGUCCACCUCCCUGUCCACACCACCUACCACCUCGCACUCAGAGACCACACAGCCUGCCUUCGCCACUGUGACCCCCAGCAGCUCCAGUGUGCUUCCGGGGUUACCGCAGACCAGUUUCAGUGGCAUGGGUCCUGCCUCCGCUGAGCUCAUGGGCUCCACCUCCCCCAAACAACAGCUCCCUCAGUUCAGCGCAGCCUUUGGGCACCAGCUGAGCUCCCACAGUGGCAUUCCCAAGGACCUGCAGCCCAGCCACAGCUCCAUAGCUCCUCCCACGGGCUUCGCAGUGACCGGUGCCACCGCUACCAGUACCAAUAACGCAUCCGCGCCCUUCACCACCUCCAACUGAGCUUGUCUGCCUGGCUCCCUGCAGCUGGUGCCCACGGAGAUGAACUCUGGAUAGGUAACGUUCCCAGAUAUCCUCUGGAAAACUUUAACUUUGGUGCAGAUUGCUCUGAUGUAGCUAACUGCGAUGGCAUUGGCUUCUACCUUGGAGUGGACUGAUUUACCCUGAAAUGACUCUCUAACCUUCGUCUUAAACAGUGUAGUUGGUUCUGGUGCAGAUAGAUUCAUUCUGAAGUGAUGGACGUUUUGAUUCUCAUGCAAAAUACAUCCUACCAGAAGGGGUUGAACCAGUUUCUCUGAACAGUGAUGACCAUCACUGUACAGUUUUGGGUAUGUCUCAGGGAUUCCUUGUGGAAAUAAGGGCAGUUAACAAAAAAAAAGGAAAAAAAAAAAGAAAAAAAAAGAAAAAAAAAAAAGAAAAAAAAAAAAGGAAAUAGUUUUAAAAGUAAAUAAUAAUUUAAGGUAGAGCGUCACCUAAUGAGAGCACAAGAAGGAGAAAUCUUUGUUCAGUUUUACAGUCAGUGGUGUCUGGCUUACGGACUCUUUCUCUUCUCGGGGCUCUCGUCUAAGUUCAACAUACAGAAUCUUUUUCAUCACGCUCAGCUUUAAACUUUUUAUUUAAAGAUACCCUUCCCCAAUGAGCUUUCAGAAUACUUAUUGUAGAUUUUAAGAGAAAUGGUAUAUUAAUUUAUGCUAUUAACAUCACCUCAUAAAUUAUAAGUUUUAUACUAAAGCUGUAUUGAGUGUAAUGAAUUAUGUUGCAUAUGUGUUUUUAAUAGCUAUAAAAUUAUAUACAAGCUUUUUUGGAAAAACAAACUAGUGAAGCACCUUUUUACACUGGAUCUUUGCCGUGUCAAGGUGUACAGCUAUUCUUUGCUACCUUGCAGAUAUCUAUAUCUAUAUAUAGAUAUAUAUAUAUAAAUAAAAUAAAAUGGUAUCCUGUAUCAACAAGUAUAGAACUCUUUUUAACCCUUAUAUUACUGUUCCUAUAACUCUUUUUAAAUUUUGAGUGUUACAUUCUGCAAUAAUUUAUCUGUGGUUUGUACCUAUGAUUAGAAAUUUAGUUACAGGGUAAAUAGAUCAAAUUUAAAAAUCCAACUACUGUAGCUGGGAGUUGUGAACCAAGUUUGUAAGACCUUUUUUUUUAAUGUAUUUAUUUCCAGUUAGCUCUGUGAGUUGGAAUUUGAAAAGUUGGAACAUUAGGAAUCUACAGUGUCUUAUUCAGGAAUUUUCCCCUCCUUUCCUCACAAAGGAAUUCCCACUGUGACUUAUAAAUAGAAUUAGACUGCUUGUGUGCAUGUAUGUAUUAUAUAUACACACAAAAAAUAUGCAUUGGGGGGGGAUGUAUGUGCGAUACGAAUGUGUAUAUUGUAUGUAGGUCAUAGUUUUGUAAAGAGAAAAGUAGUCAAGAGGUGAUGGAAUGUAUUGUAGAAAUGUGAUUAUUUAGUAGGGGGUUGUUAUGUCCUCACUGUUGUACAAAUAACUGAAACUCUCUACUAUAUAAUCUUCUGUUAUAAGGCUAACUCUGAUAUCAUGUCAAUUUUACUGUUUUUCAAAUGAGUUGCUUUGAGCCCUGUUUAAAAUGCCAUGAAAAUACCAAGCUCCCAAAGACAGCCUUUAAAUAAAACAAAUGGGGGAGGAGGAGUGAUGGAAUAAACAAGUUUUUCAGGACAAACUGAAUGGGAAGGUUUGCAUUCAGUGGGAUGGAGAGGCAUGAGAAUUACUGUAUCUUUGCCAAUUAAUACCCGAAUCUCCUGUGGUCUGACUUGGAAAAUGUUGUCAGUGUACUUGUGUUUUCCAAUUAGAUUGUAAGGAGUACUGUUUGUGCAGUGGUCUCCAUUCCAUAAAAGGAUCUUGUCUUCAAAGUAGACUUUUUUCCCCUCUUCUGAGGAUAUUUGUGUGUAUCAAUUUUGCCCCAAAAUUGCGGUUGUGGGAUUGCAGAACAAAAUAUGCAUCCAGUCAAGGGAGUUUCAUUUGGGCUGUGAAAUUCUGAAUUUGAUUGUGACCACUUACCUUUUUUACAUAAUUGGAGAAGGAAGAUUUCUUUAUGGGAGCUCUCACUUGAAAUUGUGAGAAGUCAGAAACUUAGCAGAUUGACUUACUCUUCCUACUGUUCUAUUUAGGCUGGAGAAAGUAACCUAAUUGUUAUUUAUCCAUACAGUAUCACUUUUAAGUGUGAUGAUCCUGGUGACUUUAAAAAAAACCUUUUUAGAAAAACAGAGCUUCUAGUAUUGGACAGAAAUUUGAAACUUCUGCAAAUUUUUUUAUAUUCCCCUCCAUAUCAUGAUGCUGAUACUCCCCCAGGCAUCCCUCACCCUUUCCUUUUCCCCACAAUUUGUUUCUGGCACAUAUGCAUACAGGCAGAAGAGUAGGGAAGUGGAAGACUUCAGAGGCCUUUUCUUCUGCUUAUCUGGUGGUAAUGGGAAUUAGGGACAUAAAUCUUUAUGCUUUUAUGGAGGAGAAUAGACCCAUUUUUGUGUACACCUGUACAGAGAGAUAUAUCUGUAUAUGAGACAAUAGCAGCAUUUUGCUGGACUUGCCCUCGUGAUGUACAAUAAAUAUGUAUGAAUGCAGUCAAUCUAAAUCUAUACAUACAUGGUACAGAUUGAUAGAUGGAAUAUACCUUGUAUCACACACCUGUACACUAGCUGUAACAUGAAUGAGUGUGUGAGCUAAAGAGAAGGACUAUCCACGCAAUAUAUGUGUAACAGGUAAGCACUUGUGCCAGACAAAUUGUUUUAAAUUCUUCUGAGGGGUCUGGAUGACUCAGAGACUGAUCUGAGCUUGGCAACCAACCUCAGCCCUCGAACUGGAGUUUCCUUGCUGUGUCUCUGCUUUUGUUUUAUAUUUAGUCUUGUUGAGGCCUCUUGCAAAAUGUCAACUUCUUCUGCUUCUCUGCUCCAUUGCCUCCAUUCCAGCUCCUCCUUGCCCCUGCAUCUCUGCAGUUUUUCUUGCUAGCAGCAAUCAGCUUUAAUGGCCCAAUCCAGCUCUGCUGAUGCAUGAGGGAAAUUCUCUUGGUGACUGGAGUGGUAGCUGAAUUGGGCCCUGAGCACCUGCUUGAACUUAUGCAAACUUGCCCAGCUUCAAUUGUGAUUCAGUAGGACUGUGAUUGAUUUACAGAUGAAUACAAACUUUUAAUGGAACCUGAUGCAAAGCUUCCUAGCAUAUUAAAAGGUUAACCCAGCAUUGUAUUUAAGUGGUCAAAAUGAGAAAACUGCACCCACCAAAUGCUACCUUCCAAUUUUCAACCCUAGGGAGAAAAAAGAAGUUUGAUUUGUGUUUCCUGUAACACAGGCAGUAAGCAGAAGGCAGCUCUGUGCUCUGUUCUGAGCAAACAUAUCAAAAGAAACACAGUUUGUUACACUUUACCAUAGAAGAGAUUUUAAAAUGGAGUGCAGAGUUGACCAUUAACAUGCUAGUACUUUACAUCUAAUUGUGUACUGGGUGAUCUUGCUUAUGCAAAUAAAUUAUGAGCUUAAGUGUUUUAUUUUCUGUUUUCUGGCUAAAUGGAGCUUCUAUACCUUUUAGCAGAAAGCAGCUGUCAGCAACCUGCUCAGUCACAUUGAAGUGCUGUGUAACUUAGGCUUCAGUUUCAGAGGAGAAUGCUGCUCCAGUUCUGUCAUCGAGCCAUACUGGAUGCCAUGUUUUCAAUAUGGCUAUGACACAAUUUUUCUUGGUCACAAUUCAGCCAUGGAAUUUUGUCUUCCUUGCAUUUCUGUUAGGAGAAGGCAACUGGUGUAGUGUUCCAUCUGAGCUUUCAUGCAGUCAUGCACAACUCCUAUGAUACAUAUGUUGGUGUGUGUGUAUGGGUAUGUCUGUGUGCUGCGUGUGGAUGAUAUGGAUUGAUACGCACACGCCUAUUACGCUAUUUCAGUUUAUGUAUGUGGAGAAUGUACCUGUUGGUUAUCUCCUGAUAUAUACUCAUGCAUACCUAUAUUAAAUAUGUAUAUAGAGUGUAGAUGUCCUGCAUAUACAUAUGUAUAUGUUAUGAAACUUGGUUGGCGAUUUUUUUCCACACUUUUAUUUUGCAAAUUGCUGUCCCUUAUUACUUCUUUUCACUGAAGCUGCAUUAUACAGAAGAAAUGGAGAAAUGUGUUAUCAAAGUUUUAUUUUUAAAAGGAGACUUUUAAUUAUCUAAAGCCAUUUGUAAUUGUCUUUUGAAUUUUUACUAGAAGGGUUGUUAUUUUAAAAAGGAAAAGAAAAAAAAAAGGAAACAAAAAAACCAAAAGCAAGCAGACAAGCCCUUAUUAACAACAUCGUUUAGGUGAAAGAAAUGGAAACACAAGUUUCUAAGUAUUUAUUUCCUUCAGGUGUUUCUGAGGCAUACAGUAAUUGCAUUCUGCCCCAUCCCCCUUUUGUCCAAUUAUAAUUAAUGAUUCAUGAUUUUCUUUUUCCCUCAUUACUUUUGUAAAUCAUUGUUCACCUCCUACAUUCAAUAAUACUGAUAUCACUAAGGAGAUUUAAUGUCCUUCUGUCCUUUUUAGGAGAAAUACCAGUGCAUCACUAUUGUGUUUCAUUUUAACAUACUUUGUGGAGGAUGGAUGUUUUUAUUGAAGAUGUCUGUAACCCGUCUAACUUAUUUAAUGUGAGAAGCCUUCAUUGGAAUCUAUCGUCUGUUUGUUUCCAACAAGUUCAAGUUUCUGCAACUGUUUUUUCACCAACACGUUAAAUACUUCCCCUCUUAUUUUAUGCCUGAGGUUUUAAAAUUUGUUUUUUGGGUUUUCCCCCUCCAAUUUCCAAAAAUGUUUAUCUGCAAGUGGAGCAAAACAGAUGUCAGAAGCUCAACCAAUAUCCUUUUUGCAGCUAAGGGUAAAUAUAUUUAUCCUAGACUUAAUAAAAGAAGGUGGCAAAUGGACAAUCUGAAGUGCUUAAUGGGAAUGCUCUCUCUUUUUAAGGCUGUCUCCGAGAAGUUUGUGUUUGGUGUCAUUUUAAAGGUAGUUUGAUCAUGCUUGGUAUCAGAAACAGCCUUGUAACAAAGAGCCUCAUACAGUUGUUCGGUCACUAGAGUUUAAAAUGUAAACAAGUUGCAGUGGGAAAGCAAAGGUGAGGCAGUGUAUUUUGAACCAGUGAAUUGUAGCUUGCAAAAGUACCUGAUUUUGAAGUAACUGCAUGGUAGCAAGGAUUAGCAGUCUCUUACACCCCUUCCUUCCCUCUCAUCCCUGACACAUGUGUUCAGCAUACCAUACAUUGGGAAAAAUAAGCAACUUCUCCAGCAAAGCUAAUCCACUUAAUGACUGCUUAAAGGGAACAUACAAACGGGCAGUGCCGCGUCCCGUCUCAUGGUAUUAGCUGGAAGCCUGGCUAAUACGCACAAACAGCCCAGCCCAGCUUGCUUCUGUGGAUGUGUCGCUUUGGGAGAGUGUGGUGCACAGAGGUGCCCGAGAAGGGCUCCUUCCUUCAGGGUCCCUGGCAGCAAUGGCAACUCGCACCACUGCUUCUAGUGCUGGAGGCUCACGGACAGCAUUCCAGGGGCGGGGAGGAAAGCUUGUGUUUGUACUUUCCCUUUAAAUAGGAAAGGUUGGCUCACAUGUUCCUCAUACUUCUCAAUGAAUGUACUGUAUUACCAUUUAAAAAAAAAAAAUCAAUUAAAUGAUAAUAGAUUGGUCUCCUUUUGUUAUCUGGUCCUUGUUUAAUUUGUUUAAGGGUUUUUGUAUACAAAAGUUUACAUUUUUAUGUAUAUUUUUCUUGUGUAAAAACUGAUGUAAUAUGUGUAUAAAACACUGUAUGUAUUAUCUGUAUAUAGUGUGACAAAAUGAUUUUCUUUCUUUCUUUUGGAUGUAUUAAUAAAUCUUGCUGUGAAGUAGCUGUGUUUACUAUGAUGAAACCCUCUUCUCCAAGCCAUUUUGCCAAGUCCAAGAUAUAUGGAUAUUGCCCAGGAUGAAAUCUACUCCAUAAAGGGAUUUUUUUUCAUUUAAAA